UGAUUGGUUAGAUGAGGCACGUUACGUAGGAACAGAGACACAAACCUGACAUUUGGAAUCGUACUUCAAUGCUGCCGCCAUAUUUCAGCUGAAGCCGCUAUCAUGUGGGACCACGAAAUCAAAGCCAUGGCGUCCUCUCACUCCAUCAUCGCCGCCUCAGUGUUCAUGGCCACCGUCCUCCCUGCGGUGCUCGUCCCAGGUUUUUCGGUGUACGGAACUCACCUGUUGUGGCUCUACUCGGUGUCAGCUGCGGUUGCCGCGGUCAGUGUCUCCGUCUUCUGGCUGCUCGGCAUCUCACCGCCCACUAAGAAGCACACACUGGGAUACAAGCUGUCCAGAUUGUUUCGUUCAUGUCUUUACUUCUUCCUGUCUUGCCUGUUCUUCCAUACGGUCGUCAUCCUCUACGGAGCGCCACUGAUUGAAUCUGCUUUGGAGACAUUUUCACUCGCUGUGCUGCUGACCUCACUGACCACUCUGAGGUGUCUCUGUGUUCUUGGCCCCAACGUCCAGGCCUGGAUCCGAGUGUUCAGUCGACAUGGAGCUAUGUCUGUUUGGGACACUUGUUUGCAGAUUACAGUGGCCUUCACCCUGAUUGGAGCCUGGCUGGGAGCUUUCCCAAUACCGCUGGACUGGGACAGACCGUGGCAGGUUUGGCCUGUUUCCUGCAGUCUGGGCGCUAUGAUCGGCUACCUGGCUGGACUUGUUGUUGCUCCCGCGUGGAUCCACUACCAUCGCAAACAGCUCACAUACAAAUGCAAGUGAUUGAGAGACCUGUGGAUAUCUGCCUGGGUUGAUGUGAAUGUGACUGUUUGAUGUUUGUUCACUUUCUACCGGUUAUUUAUUAGCAGCCUGUUAAUAAUUUUAUAACAACACAUUAUUUUGUACAUUGCAAGGUGAGCCUGAGGAUUUUUGACAUGAAUAAAGAAUUACUCAACUACUGUGCACUG